AACGCCUAUGUCAACAUCAACCGCAUCAUGUCCGUGGCUUCCCGCCUCUCAGAGGCUGGCCAUUACGCCUCGCAGCAAAUCAAGCAGAUCUCCACGCAGCUAGACCAGGAGUGGAAGAGCUUUGCGGCCGCUCUGGAUGAGCGCAGCACCAUCCUCGCCAUGUCUGCUGUGUUCCAUCAGAAGGCUGAGCAGUUCCUGUCGGGAGUGGACGCCUGGUGCAAGAUGUGCAGCGAAGGUGGCCUGCCGUCUGAGAUGCAGGACCUGGAGCUGGCGAUCCACCACCACCAGUCCUUGUAUGAGCAGGUGACCCAGGCCUACACAGAGGUCAGCCAGGAUGGCAAAGCGCUGCUGGAUGUGCUGCAGCGUCCCCUGAGCCCUGGGAACUCCGAGUCUCUCACUGCCACAGCCAACUACUCCAAGGCAGUGCACCAGGUGCUGGACGUGGUGCAUGAGGUGCUGCACCACCAGCGGCGGCUCGAGAGCAUCUGGCAGCACCGCAAGGUGCGGCUCCACCAGCGGCUGCAGCUCUGCGUCUUCCAGCAGGACGUCCAGCAGGUGUUAGACUGGAUUGAAAACCACGGCGAGGCCUUUCUCAGCAAGCACACAGGGGUUGGGAAGUCUUUGCAUCGAGCCCGGGCCCUGCAGAAGAGGCACGAUGACUUUGAAGAGGUGGCUCAG